AUGGCCAUAACGAUAAUUUCAACACCUCCUGCAGUAAUUACACGUGAACAAGCACGACAAAUGCAACAAAAUCCUCCAGAAGAUGGUAUAAUAGGGCCAAUUGCUCGUCAUACGCAACAACAUGUCCGCGUUCAGUUCUCUCCACCUGCUGCUGAUGCAUUGUUAGGUAAAGGAACAUUAUGGGUAACUGAAAGGCAAGUGUAUUUUUAUUCUUGGGAUACAAAUAAUGGACUAGCGAUUGAUUAUCCUACUAUAAUAAUACAUGGUAUAUCAAGACAUGAUACAGGUCCGAGUAUUUAUACCCAGUUGGAUGAGAAAUUAAAUCCAUUGGGCAGAACUUCACAAUCUGCUGCACAUGAUAUUGAAGAGGAAGAGGAAGAUCAUACAUCAGAACUCAAGUUUAUUCCUGAUGAUAUCGGUGCUCUUGACGCUAUAUUUGAAGCAUUUUCUGAAUGUGCAGCAUUACAUCCGGAUAAAGAAUUUAUGGCUUCGUUAGCUUAUUUAGAAUCUAUUAUUGAUGAUUCUCCUACUAAUCUUAAUCAUCAUAAUCAUCAACAACAAAAUGAUUAUGAUGAAGAAAUGUUUCAAGAUGCUGAGGAAGACAAAAAAUAA